CAUUACUGGCUCCGCUCCAGCUACCUGCUGUGCCCAGUCGGGAAGUCUGACAUGGCGCUUCAUACUCGGGCUCUCGUUGCAGCGAAGUGGCUGGCCGAUGCCGUCAAAUGUAAUCGGGUAGGACCCAGCCUUCGUGUUCUAGAUACGUCUUGGUACCUGCCGAAAUUAAAGCGCAAUGCCAAAAAAGAAUUCAAGCAGAAACAUAUACCAGGUGCAGUAUUUUUCGACAUUGACCAGUGCUGUGAUAAAACUUCGCCGCUUGAUCACAUGCUCCCUACAGAACGCGCGUUUGCGGAUUAUGUUGGCAAUUUAGGGAUUAGCAAUGACACACACGUCGUGGUUUACGAUGCCAGCGACUUCGGAUCAUUCUCAUCUCCGCGAGUGUGGUGGAUGUUCAGAGUGUUUGGCCACAGUUCUGUUUCUGUGCUAAAUGGCGGGUUGAAGAAUUGGGUUCACGAAGGCCAAGAAGUCACUAACAAAUACUCCAAACCCGACUCCGCUGAUUUUCGAGCAAAACUCAACGACGCAUGGGUGAAGACAUACGAGGAUAUUUUGGACAAUCUUGAAUCGAAACAGUUCCAAGUUGUGGAUGCUAGACCUGCCGGUAGAUUCCAGGGAAUACAACCUGAACCAAGAGACAACACGGAGCCUGGACACAUCCCAGGCUCCAUCAACAUGCCCUUCACGUCCUUCCUGGCCCCCUCGGGCCUGACGCUGCCUCGGGAAGAGAUGACGGGCCUGUUCCAGAGGGCCGGGGUGGACCUGGGGCGCCCGGUUUGCGUGUCCUGCGGCUCGGGGGUGACCGCCUGCCACGUUGCCCUGGCAGCUCACCUUUGCGGCCACCCAGGGGUGUCUGUUUAUGACGGAGCCUGGUCGGAGUGGUACACCAGGGCCGUCCCUGAAAAUGUCAUCUCAGAUGGGAGAGGGAAACAUGUGUGACUAAGCUGUGAUUGGUGAUUGGUGAUUGAUUAACCUGCUUGCUAAUGAACUGGGGAGCGUAUGCUGAUUGCUUGUAGAGAGCACAAGGGUCUGUCCUGAUGUCUGCAGGGCAAGGUGGGAGUGGUAGGUAGCAGUGCUGUCACUGAGGUAGGAGACAGCCAUUUACAAGGAAUACACUGUGACAGAACGAAGGCUGGGGAAAUAUUUUAAAAAGGUUCCUGGAAUUUGAUAUCAAAUUAAUUGGGUGACAGCUGAAAGAUUUUUUAUAUAUGUUGAGAUAGGCAUUUAUUUGCAUUAAUGAUGAAGAGAUAAGGGAAUUAUUAGAAUGUAACAUGGAUUUCCUGAAGGUACUGACUUUGAUUUUGCUAGAUGUAAGCGUUGGUAUAUCAGUGCUCUGUUUCAAAUCUUGACUGUCAGUCAGCCAGAUGUUCACCAUCAGUGUAUCCCUGAAUGGUGAUCAAGGAUCUGAAGCCCUCCCCAUUUACCACAUUUUUCUAUAAUUGUGGGUAAAUCUUACUACAUUACAUCCCUUUACAUUACACAUUUUGCAGGCACUCUUAUCCAGGGGAACUUACAAUAUCGGAGAAACAGAAGUGCAUUCAGCUGAUUAAAAUGAAAAAUAGUGCCAGACUAGCAAUCAACGAUACAACAUCCCUAAAGCCCUAAUGCAAAAUUGGCAAUACUAAAUAAGUAUUAAACUACAGAUUCUGAAUGUAUACAGAGUAUACACUCAGAUCUCCAUCCCAUCAUGAAAGUGUGAGAUGGCAUAUUUGGUAACCCAAGGAUGCACUAAUAAUUUUAGUGUGUGUGUGUGUGUGAGUGUGCACGCGCUUGUGUGUAAAUUCCAAUGAAAUUCCAAUACAACGAUCUGAGCAGCAUGACUAUUGGAAGUCCUUUAACUUGUUGCCCGUUUUUCCUUUUGAAGUAAGAGCCUUGGCUUUGUGCUGUUGUGGAAAUGAACGGAACUUGCUAUCUUUAUUUGUAAGAGAAGCACACCCAUGUUAUGGUUUCAGAAGAUAAUAUUGAGAGUCCCACCCCCCCAAACCCAGAUGCGCACAGAAAUGUCUUUAAAUUCACAAGAACAAUUAUGGCUGACGGGUUGUGAAAUAUUUGGGAGUAUGUGUGCAUGUUUAUGUACAUGAGAGAAGACUAUAUCUAGUACAGUUGUAUUACUGUUAGUUUUGUUUUGGUACAGCAUGCUUGGUCUGUGCCCGUUAAGAAUUAUUUUAUUUCCCACCCACAACUGCCCGUAAUCAAAUCUCCAAACUGCGCUGUUUUCUUCAAGUUCUUUAUUAGUUUAACAACUUGCAUGUAUCUGAAGAAUCUUGCAUAUGCAUAUUUUGGGCAUUUCUGAUUUUCGGACUUCAUAGGGAUCCUAUAAAAUUGCAUUGUUCUAAUGUGUCUAAUGGUCUUAUGCGUUCCUUUUGUAUAAAUCUGUCUUUGCUGGCUUGAAAUUAGUUUUGUUUUUCCUAAAUCAAUGUCUAAUAUGACCGAAUUAAAUUAUUUUGAUACUCAUAA